UUCUGAGACAAAAGGCACGACAUCCCAGACUGGUUGGGCAGGGAGAUGGGAGCCAGCUGCCUGGGCAUCCUCACAUUUCUUAAUUCUCCAGCAUGUGACUUUGUAGUGUUAAAUGUCCUCUCACAUAGUACAGGCUUUCUAGGUUUGUCGCAAUGGUAUUUACAGAUCCGCUACCAAGUAUGUCGUGACAUGUUUUAAGCCAGUGCUGGAUGGCUUGCUGUCGUUGAGCCUUCUGAAGGAACACAAAGUCAGGGUAGGGCCAAAGAUGGCAAGUAAAUUUUCUCUGAAAGUUCAGAUUGAUACAGGGAUGUUUAUAAUUGGAGAGUUAUUGACUGUGAAUUGUAUAUAAUUGGUGGUUACUGGCAGAGAGAUUGGGUUGAAGAAAAGAUGUGGUGCAGUGAUAAUGGUCUUGUGUGUUUUGCUUUGUUGGGGUUGGUUGGUUUUAAAGUGCUUACACUUUUACUUAUUUGUAUAUGUGUUUUAUACUUUAUUUAAAAAUGAGCUUAAAUUUUUAUUUCUGGCAGAGAGAAGCGAGAGACACCCAGUUUUUCUAGGCAGUGCAAUUUCCUUGCCCAAGUUUUACUGACAGACAUCCAUAAACAAGCCUAGGUGCAACUUUGUCAUGAUGGGGACAAAGCAGUAGCACUGGAUUGAGUUCAUGAACCAGACAUAACAGAUCAAAGCCCAGAGGAUAAUUCAAAUUAAAAUAAGUGUAAUCUUAUGGUUUAUCUCCACAACAGGCAAAGCAAGAAGCUAUCCUGAAACUUGUGCUGCUUUUGAUCUCAGAGCAACUAAAUUAAUAUCACAAAAUGUCUGUGUUGUGGUUCAUGUCCCACAGUUAAAAUGCAUCCACCUUUGCAUUAGGUGAGCACAGAGUGGAGUUACCAACUGGAGUGGAAUGUAAAGUAUGAGAUGUUUGUGCAUGAGGUGAAGUUCAGCGAGGCAGAGCAUGAGAAGUCCUCGGAGUAAAAUUUCUUUCGGGAUGCUAAAGAUAAUGCUGCUGCGUGUACUGAGCCCAGCCAUCAAAUGGAUGGUUUGUGGAAUGGCUACAGAGGAACCUUUUACUUGUCUCUCUUGGUUCAUGGUGGUUGACUACAUCAUUUAAGGCAUCUUUGCAACAUAGAUUGUUUGGCCUCCUGAUUUUGUGGAGUCCCUAAAAACUGUAGCAUGUAUAUGUUAAUUAUGAAGGAAGGAGUCAGAAAGGUCACUGUCACUGCUUUGUGUUGUGACAAAUCCAGAUUUCCUGUUCUUGAAACAGGAUGAACAAGCGUGCUGUGGCUGCUCUUUGCAUACUGUGCUUCCCGUCUCUGUAAAAAGUAGCAUGGAGGUCUUUUCAAACCACAGGCAAACAAGAAAUGAGAUGGAGUGUGUUUUGGAAUGAGUCUUCAUUCACUGUGAGGCUCCCAAAGCCAACUACAUCCAAAACAGCCGGUUAUUCAGGGAGACUCCUCAGACAUUCCCAACUUCUUAUGGUGGACAGAGCAACGGUCUGAUAUGCUUCAACAGCGGCCAGUUGUACACCUUCCUAGGCGCUAUCUCAGGUAUCUGACAUUAUUCAGGGGAGUAAAGAUCUGGGGCUUCAGUUCAAUGGCCAUACUUACAUGGGACAUACUUACCACGUACGUGGUUUGUACCCAGCCUGAGGCAUAGAGGACACCCUGGCUCACAUGCAUGUUGAUUGCAGAGAGAGCCAGCUCUUCAAGGUCUGGGCUGUGCUGCUCCCACCUUUUCAUGAACAGUCCCCCUCCUAAGGCCCUGGUGGGUUGCAGGGUCUCUUCUCCUCCCUCCUGCCCGUGCUGGCACCUUCCCUGCCAGGAGGGAGGAGUGGGCUGGGGGGUCCUAGCAGUUGCCGGGGCCUGUGUCCCUCCGCAGCACCUGUGAUGGCUCUGAGCAGCAUCCACCAGGUAGCAUGAGAAAGCAGUGAGUCUUCUGUGCUUGCAUUUUACUAACCAGGGCUGUAAAAUACUUAACGUAUGGCAAGUUUUGGAUGUGGCAUGGCUAAGCAGCUGCAGGGGAAGCUGAUGCCUCAGUGCUGAUGGACAGUGUGGAUCUGACUAGAGAUGUAAAAUUCCUUUGGGAGAAUUUUUUUUUUCUGCUGUCCAAUAAGUCUCAACUCCACCUGUUUUUUUUUUUUAUUACUUCCAUAGGAUGCAAACAUGCUUUAAAUCUGGCAUUUCAUUAAGUGAAGCUAUGAUUUGGCUGUAUUACAUUAAUGAGAGUCAAAAGACUUCUGUUUAAAUGUUCAGUUUAUUUACUAAAUCAGGAAUUGGUUUGAGAAUUCUUGGAUCCUAGCAGGUACUUUUGUCCCUGAGCACAGGGAGUAGAUUAGGUUUGUUUAAGGACUGCUGGCAAUGUGACCUCUUACUCCUUUUUUCACUCCCUCUUAGUGCAACAACCAGUUGAAUAGCAGUAGAUAGAAGGACUUAAGUGGAGCACUGGUCUGCAGAUGCUGAUGUGCUCCCUGCAGACAGGGUUCAUUCUGAGGUGUGCACAGAGAAGACCAUGAGGCAUGUUGUUAGGACAGCCUGGAGCUGCUGUCACUACCUCCGAGGUGGGGAAUCCCAGCUCCACAUCCUUCCUUCCAGGUGUGUAGUGCCUUCUGUAGGGCUUAGUCAUCUGUGAGCUGAUUUAACCUGCCUGCUUGGAAAGAAAAAGCUUCCUUUCCUAAACUGAGCUCAGCUGGUGAGCUGAACUGGCUCACAGAGGACUCUGAGGAACACCAGAGCCACAUGGUAAUUCUCAUGUCUCCUAGCUGGUGAGGACCUCAACAGAAAAUUUUGUAGCAGUGAUCUAAGAAAACAAUACGGUUAAAAGUUCAGGUUAUUCAUUAUCAAAAUAAUAGUAACAAGACAAGGGUUUUAAGUUGCUCUGCCUCAGAAGACGGAAGACAUGGCCAUCACAUCAGCAAGGGACCUUGUAGCCAUUUCCGACUUGGCCCUUGCUGCACGGCCGUCUCUGUGAGCCUGGGGCAGCUGGGGGGAUGUCCCACUGAGGGCAGCAGCAGGGUUAUCCCAGAGACUUUCUGGUGUGGUCAGCUCUCCAUCCUGGCACCCCAGCGCUUGGCAGCAUGUGCUGAGCUGUUAGAGCGCUGCGCCGACUGCCAUCCCAAAGAAAGGCAUCAGUCAGCUUCAGCUCUUCAGGUGGCUCAGCCUGCACUGGCAAAAGGAGCGCAGUGCUGACGUGAGGCUGCGUGGCAGGCAAGGGCAGCCUGCUGUGACUAACCAGGCUGCAACAGCUGUCCCUGGGUGGCAGGGGUGGUCACCUUUGGCUCAGCCCUCUCUGUUCCCAGUCCCCUGCUGCAGGGACGCAGCCCCUUUUGUGUGGACGCUAUCGGGCUCCCUGAAGAGCCAGCUUGGGGCAAUAACCUGCCAGAAAAAGAGCCAAGAUGAAUGAAUAUUUCUGUGUUGGGUUUGUACCCUGAGCCAGGUCCUGUACCGCCAAAUACGUGGUGGAGGAUGGUGGGGUUGUGCAAGGAGGGGAGCGGCACCAGCAGAGCGCUGACUGCUGAGCUGUACCCUGCGCGUACACGGGUUGAGAGUUGCUUUUAUUUUUCACAAACUUUGAGAACUGGAUAUCUGCUUAGGAUGCUGUGAAGGUACUUUUGGGUUUUGUUUGUAUUGUACUGUAACCUGGCUUGAGGUAAGUGCAUUUAAACAAGGAGGCUGAUAAACAGGGCACCAAAGCAUCUCAAGAUGCUUCAGCUGGCCCUGCACAACAUUGAACAGUGUUGUGCCAAUCUCAGCAGCAGAGACUGGGGACGAGGGAGUUGGAAAUGGUCCCUGGAACAGGGGCUACCACUAGGCAGCCAGGGUGUCCCCAGGGAGUUUGACCUUACCCUCUGUUCAUUAAAGCCUCUGUUGACUCGCACCAGUUUAGGGGGUAUCUUUGGAAGAGGCCGCUAAAAACUGCAGUCUUGUCGUUUUCUGACUGGAUUUUGCUUGUGUGUAUUGGAAAUGUAGGCUGUGAGUUUUCUCUAGCCGUAGUUGUCCCCUGGCUGAGCUGGGCACAGCACUGUGUCACUGGAGCUCGCUGGCCCCUGUCCCACUGGGAGGGUUCCUGAAAGGCUUGCUCAGUGCAGCCAGGAGGUGGAGCGCCAAGAGCAAGAACUGCAGCGGGGGAUCUGGCUUCCCCUCUCCUUCGAGAGACUGAUUUAAGUGCUUGUGCUGGUAUCUUUUCAUCGGGGAGUCAAUUAAAAGCUGUUGUGAGCAGGGAGCGCAGUCUGCUGCUGGGUAAGAAGCAGCUUUCAGAGGGGCGCCUACCACUGUGUGCAGCAAUUCCCACAGUUCUUAGGCAGAAACUGGUGUGACGUGACUGACCUUUCAGGUCUGACAUCACCAGUUAACAUCUGGAGACCUGUAGGUAUGCCCCUGAUUGUUACAUUGAAAAAUAUAUAGGUAAGUUUUAUCGGUCAUAUCAGAUGUAUAUGGAAAAGUAAAGCUGUGUUGUGAGAAAAGGGAAGAUGGCAGAGGAAGAGGAAAUACCAACAAAACAUAAAAUGUAGGAUUUUGGUUGAAGCUUGCACUGGGAUGCUCUUUUAUAUUACUUUCUUUCUGCUUUAAAGUUAAAAUAUGAGUUACUGACUGCCCACAUUGAUUCAGGCUGAGCACAAUAUAAAGUGCAUCAGUAGGAAUAAAAGCGCAGUAGGUCAGCUUGUGAGCGCAGCUCUCAUCUGUGUAACUCUUUAUCACCUUUGUAGUCUAAUUGUACGAGUCAGCUGUAUGUGCAGACCAAAAUUUUGCUUUCCAAUCAGCAAUGCUUUUAAAACAAUCCACUUAACAAGAAUUAGAAAUAAUGCUUUGGUAUUCUGUACACAGACCACUAAGUAUCUUCUAUGUCCCAUUUAAAAUAAUGAAAUUCUCAGUGAUGGUGAAAUGCAAAGCGUAAAUCAGAUGUCCCCUUCGCUCACCUCUUCCCUGCAGGGUACAUGAUGUUUUUUUCCUCUGGCAGUACAGGCAUUCAAAUAAUUUUAUAGCUACAACAUGCAAAUUGUGUCUUGUUUUGAUGCCACGUGAUGCCAUUUGGCCAGUUAUCUUUCAUGAUGUAAAAAAUCCUGUCUUUAUUUGGAGCCUCUCUCUGUGGGAGUUUGUCAGCUCUGCAACCGGAACAUCUUGGAAGCAGCUUUGAGCCUUGCUGCACUUGGCAUUCCUAUUUUAGUUCCCAGACCUUUGCCUUUGAAAUUGCAGCAGGAAAGCCUGACUUUUAAAAACAUCACUUCUCGGCAACCUUUGGGACAUCUGAGCAUGUUUUGCUUGUGUGUGCUAUUUUUUUUUCUUCCCCAUUUGUGCUGCAGGAAUAGGGAAGAACGUGAUCUGUGAGAAAGCUGCUACCUCUGUGGAUGCCUUCAGGAUGGUCACAGCUGCCAGGUAUUACCCCAAGCUGAUGAGCAUUGUUGGCAAUGUUCUCCGUUUUUUGCCCGCCUUUGUGAAGAUGAAGCAGUUGAUAGAGGAGCACUAUGUGGGCAGCGUGAUGAUCUGUGACGUACGAGUUUAUGGGGGAAGCUUGCUCAGUCACAAGUACAACUGGAUCUGUGAUGAGCUGAUGGGAGGAGGUGGUCUGCAUACGAUGGGAACCUACAUUAUCGAUCUCUUAACUCACCUCAUCAGCAGGAGAGCAGAGAAGGUCCAUGGUUUGCUCAAGACUUUUGUGAAGCAGAACACAGCGAUAAGCGGGAUCCGCCAUGUCACUAGUGAUGACUUCUGCUUUUUCCAGAUGCUAAUGAGCGAGGGUGUCUGUUGCACUGUGACUCUCAACUUCAACAUGCCUGGAUCGUUCAUCCACGAAGUCAUGAUUGUUGGGUCUGCUGGGCGCCUCAUAGCUCGUGGCACGGACUUGUAUGGGCAGAAGAACACUGCGCUCCAGGAAGAACUACUGUUUACAGACUCUCUGACUGUCAACAAGGGCCUUUUGGAUAAGGGGUUUAAAGACAUCCCGCUGCUUUACCUAAAAGGAAUGGUAUACAUGGUGCAAGCACUGCGGCAGUCUUUCCAAGACCAGGAAGACCGUCGGACAUGGGAUCAUAAACCUGUUUCUAUGGCAGCCUCUUUUGAAGAUGGUCUGUACAUGCAAAGUGUAGUAGAGGCCAUCAAGAAAUCCAGCAGGUCAGGGGAGUGGGAGGCUGUGGAGGUGAUGACUGAGGAACCAGAUGCCAAUCAAAACCUCUGUGAGGCGCUUCAGAGAAAUAACUUAUGAACACUCCUGUUUUGGAAGAUAGGGCAAUUAACACUUCUGGCUGUAAUGUAAAAAAAACCUCCAUUUUUAAGAUACGUAGAUUCUUAUUUAAUAGCCUUGGUUUCUUGGGUUUUUUAAACAUGUAACAUGCCAUGUUCUGAUAGAAACUGUUCUGAUUUGUUUAAAUGUUUCUGGUUUUGCAAACAUUUAAUUUUUGUCUUGGAGACUGGUAGGAAAACUUGAAUUGCCCUUUGCACUUGCAGUAGCUGAAGUGAAGCAUGGGAGCUCUGCCAUUGCAUGGCUUGGAAAUGGGACACAACCCUUGUUGCACAGGUUGCUUAUUUUAACAAUUUUAACAUGAGAGCACGUAGAACAAGAUCAGGGAGUAUCUGUUGUUCAGAUGCCUUUUCCUUCUCUCUUGGAGACUGAUUAAGUUUUACUCUGUAAAAAUUUAUAAAAGAGUUUAGUGAUGUAACAGGUCUCUAAACUCCUAUAGGACAAUAAGUAAAGGAAUGGAUUAAAGUUUGUAACAUAAGGGUCAGCCUUUUGGCUUCCUGCACGUGGCAAAUGUCUUUCAAAGUCAUUUAAACUGGUGUUUUAUUUAAAUGAUGCUAUGAAUUCUGUUGACAGUGUCUUGGCAGGAAAAUCUUCAGGAAGUCUGUGAUGAUUUGUGCUAUUCUUUUAUAUCUGUAGGCAUUAUUCCCUCUACUCCAGAAGCUGCCUGCACCCAGCAGGUUUUUUCUCUAAGCUCUGUGUCAGUCGGUUGUGUUUACUGCCCGGCAGCACCAGUGCUGUGACUGCGGGGCCACGUUCCCGUUUCUGGGACUGUUCAUAGGUGCCUCCCAGGGUCACGGGAUUCCCACAGUGUCGUGGGCAAUGAAGUUGUACAGCAUUAACCUUCUGGGGACCUGAACAUGGAAGUAAGGAGGUGUUUCCUACCUCUGGCAGCUCUCUUAACGUGCUGGCGGGGUGAUUGUCACACUACAUGCAUCCUGAUAGUUGAGAGAACGGGGACUGAACUGUCAUGGGUCAGUCAGCUCUUAAAUCUCAAACACUGGACACUGACCCUCUGGCCCUGCCCGUCCUCGUGCCCUCCUGCAGCUUGUGUCCAGUGGAGAGAUUGGUUGGCAGAUGGUGGGUGGAAGUUCCUUCCACCUGAGAAACGUUUCUCUCUGAGGCAGGUAUGUGGAAGGAGGAGUCCAGUUUUACUACAUUUAUUUUGUGUACUUGAAAGUUUUUUUUAAUGUAUUUCCCACUAAACUGUAACCCUGUAUAUUUAUACAUAUUAACAUGCCAACUGCUGUUUCAUAAGCUGGUCCUUCCUGAAAAGGAACUUGUUUUCUACAGAAAUAAAAUGUUGUGUGUGUUUGAGGGAAA